AUGGCUAUUUAUCUGAUUACAGGCGCGAAUCGAGGUGUUGGCCUCGAGUUCGUACGUCAGUAUUCCAGCGAUGCCAAGAAUACCGUGGUUGGCUUGGUGAGGGAUAAAGAUGCAGCCGAAAAGAAUGCUGCAUCGCUGUUUUCUGGUCAAUUGAAUGUCCAUUUUAUCGAAGCAGAACUUACAAAAUACGAAUCUUUGAAGAAAGCGGCUGCGCAAACGAGCCGCAUCACCGGCGGGAAGCUCGAUUAUGUAAUCGCCAAUGCAGCCAUUGUUUCUGAAUGGUCAGCAUUUAGCAGUCUGGAAGAACUUGGCAGAGACCCAGAUGGGCUUGAACAGGAUCUGGCUGAGUCCUUCAACGUCAACGUCAUAGGCAACAUAAACCUCUUCAACUUAUUCCUCCCGCUUGUUCGGAAAGGGGGGGCCAAGAAGGUCAUUACCAUCUCCUCUGGUAUGGCAGAUCUGGAUCUCAUCAACAACUAUGACCUUGAGCUGGCAGGGCCGUAUACCAUCAGCAAAGCCGCGAUGAAUGCUGCCGUUGCCAAGUACAGCGCCGUGGGCCGGAAGGAAGGCAUUUUAUUCAUGUCCAUCAGUCCAGGCGUCGUGGAAACUGGUCACCAUUCAGAAGCCACAGAAGAGCAGCUGCAAAGAGUGGCAGAAAUGGGCAAAAAGUUCGCCACCUAUGCGCCUCAUUUCACCCGCCCCCUUACGCCGGAGGAGUCUGUCACUGCUAUCCGCGAAGUUAUAGUCAAGGCAAGCAUUGAGGCAGGCAGUGCCGGGUCGUUUGUUUCGCACCUAGGAAAUCAACAGUGGUUAUAG